AUGGCUACAGGUGCCAGCAGGAUCCCCCAGUGCCAGUAUUUGGCAGGGAACAUGAACACCAUACGCAAGCACUGGGCAGAACAAGCACAGCUGGUCGCCAUAUCCCAGCCGUGGCCGUACAGCGCCACAAAAGCGUACGGCAGCACAGGAUGA